UUAUAUAAGGCCAUCUCCUCGGGAAAUCCAGACGACGUCAUUAAACUGAUUGCAUCAUCAGACGGAAGGACCAAUGGGCUCCAGCAGACGAAUCUCGAUCAGGCGCUCCUGGUGGCGUGCAGCAAAGGUCGCAAGUUGAUAGUCCAGCAUCUCCUGCUCAGGGGCGCCUCCACUGAGACCAGUGACCCCCUGGGCUACACUCCUUUGUUGGUGUCCGUUGAGAAAGGAUUCGUAGACAUUGUCAGGCUGCUCCUGGACAAAGGCGCUGACGUGAACGCCUCGAACAUACGCGGUGAUUCGGCCUUGACCUUAUCGGUCAGAACAUGUGGGUCGAAAGAUAUGAUCGGUCUGCUGCUAAAGCAAAAGUCUGUCGAUGUUCAUCACAGAAACAAAGAUGGCUACACGUGUUGGAUGAAAGCUGUGGAAGCUCUGGACUUUGACGCGUUGAAGCUUCUCAUCAAAUCGAGAAAAGACAUCGACAAAGAUGUGAACGACUGCAAAGGA